AUGGUCGAGCCCAGCCUGAUGCCCAACCACAGCAAGGACAAGGAACUCAGCGUCAAGGAAGAUGACGUAGCUAGCAGCGAUUCGGGAUCACUCACGCAGCGAGCAGCUCUGAUCCGCGAUGAGUUGCUUGGCAACGACUCCCUCGAACAAGAAUCUGUGCAUGGCUCUGCUCCCUCCUCCGGCACAAGCGACCAAGGCACGACUCACUCGAGCUUGCAAGACGAUUCUUGCGAAGACAAGGACGACCUUGAAGAGAGGCUGCGCAAUUCCAGCAUCUCCCAAUCACUCCGACACAUUGCCUUGGCUUACGACGAAAAGAGUCGUGAGCUUGAGAGCCUCCGAACCAUUCAUCAGGCCAGCGACGAAGAAAUCGCUCUGCUUCGAGGAGAGAUUCAAGACAAGAGAAGCGAAAUCGAGACAUUGAGAGCCGAGCUCGAUGAGCUGACCGCGUCACAAGAAGCUCUCCGAUGCGAGCUCGAGACUCUCAAAAGUGAGGUCGAGCACAAAGACGAGCUGCUCUGCUUUUCCGACCGUAUCUCUUGUCGCCUCUUUAACAUGAUGCACGCCAUCCGCGCUCAAGUCGAGGAGGCCGAAUCACUGUCACCGGCCAUCCGCAGCCUCUCGUCCUCCUCAACUGCUGCUACUUCUGACUGUGGCACACCCUCUACCAUCACGACUAUCUCGGACAGCGAAGCUCCCUCAGCUCCCUCUUCUGAAUCCUCCGACGAGAGCGACACGACCCUAGCCCCGAGCGAUGUCCCUACCCCCUUCGAGACCCUCAUCAAGAAGAUCGAGGCCAAGUAUGCGGACCAGAUGUCCUAG